AUGAGAUUUUUACGCAAUUACACCACAUCAUGUUUACUGGAACCUUUUCGACUAACCAUGUCUAGGAUUUCAUCACAAGCGAUGAUCUUAACUUCAGGAACGACAAACACCCAUGAAUUACAUGGAAUGACAUUGGGGUCAGUUUGUUCAUUGUCGGUAUUCCCUAAGCCAUUGAUUCAAUUUAAUUUACAUUUACCUUCAUAUACAUCAUCUGAAUUACAUAAACAUCAAUUUCUUGCAUUACACAUUUUGCCACCUACUUCACUGUCGGUUCAUUUGAGUAGAAUAUUUGCCAAGGGUAUCAAAAGCAAAGAUGGUGAGGCGUUCCAUGAAAAAACAAGACCCUUUCAUAGAUUGAAACACAAUCAUGAUUAUCUGUUUUAUAAUGUUGAUGACAUCAAGAUUCCCGUGUUGAAUAAUGUGGAGACCACAAUGAUUUGCAAAACUAGACAAGAUUUUCUUGUUGAUGGACAUGAAAUAUGGGUAGCUGACGUGAUUGACAUCUUACAAAACGAGCAAUAUAAGGAGAAAUCAGGUGGCAUAUUAUACUUUAAUAGAGGGUUUCAUAAAGUUGGGGAAACUUUAGUUGAAGAUUAG